GCUCACGUUGAGGAAGUUUCGUUCCAGCCAAUAACAGCAGCGUUUGUUCGGCGAAAUAGGCUGAAGCAACAUGGCAGCUUUCUGAGUUUUGGAGGACUGGUUGGACUUAAGAGGGAAAAUGUCGAGUGACGGAAACAAAAGACAGUUUUGGAAACGAAAUGCAGCAAAGGUUCCUGGCAGCAUUCAACAUGUGUAUGGUGCACAGCAUCCGCCUUUCGACCCGCUCCUUCAUGCUAAUCUAAUUAAAGCAGGCAACAAGCCUCCUCCAGCCACACCAGGCAAGCCCAAGAAGGCCACCACCUUUCAGGAGUUUGAAAGCACCACAAGUGAUGCCUGGGAUGUCGGGGAUGAUGAUGAUGAGCUGCUAGCCAUGGCAGCACAGAACCUCAACAUAGAGGUGGUCAUGGAGACAGCCAAUAAGGUGAUUGAAAAUCACAGCAGGCAGCAGGAGAGACAAAGACAAGAUGACACAACAGAGCUGGAACAGAGAGAAGAGGAGGAGGUGGCAGAGGACGAGGAGGAGGAUGAGGAAGAUGAGGAGGACAGGGUGGAGGAGGGAGACAUGACUAGCCCCGAGGUGUCAUUAGCCUCCCAGAGCAGCCCUUACACUGAUGGCCGCCUGGUGAAGUCCCACAGUGAAGCUCCAAUUGGGUCACCUAAAGAUGUGGCAGGUGAGCCUGCAGCCCUCCACAGACAGCGGUCUCUGCCCCAUCGGCCGCCCCUCAUCCCACUAGUGGCUCGCAUGGCUGACCAGAACACAUCUGGCACCCUAGCCAUGACUGAGAGGGAAGCGUCUCGUCUGGAUAAGUUCAGACAGCUGUUGGCCGGUCCCAACACAGAUCUGGAGGAGCUACGGAAACUCAGCUGGUCUGGAAUUCCCCGACAGGUCCGACCGAUUACAUGGAAACUCCUUUCAGGUUACUUGCCAGCUAAUGCAGAGAGAAGAGAAAGCGUCCUGCAGAGGAAGAGACAAGAAUAUUUUGGCUUCAUCCAGCAAUACUAUGACUCCCGUAAUGACGAACACCAUCAAGACACUUACAGACAGAUCCACAUAGAUAUUCCUAGGAUGAAUCCUGAGUCUUUGGUGCUGCAGCCAAAGGUGACAGAGAUUCACAUUGACAUACCAAGAACUAAUCCUCUUAUUCCUCUCUUUCAACAAGCUUCUGUCCAAGAGAUUUUCGAGCGGAUCUUGUUCAUCUGGGCCAUCCGCCACCCAGCCAGCGGCUAUGUGCAGGGCAUCAAUGACCUGGUGACACCGUUCUUCGUUGUCUUCGUCUUUGAGUACAUCGAAGAGGAAGUGGAAAACUUUGACGUGUCCAGUCUGCAGGAAGAGGCUCUGAGGAACAUUGAGGCUGACAGCUUCUGGUGCAUGAGCAAACUGCUGGACGGCAUCCAGGACAACUAUACAUUUGCCCAGCCAGGCAUCCAGAGGAAAGUCAAGGUCCUGGAGGAGCUGGUCAGCAGGAUUGAUGAGUCUGUGCACCGCCACAUGCAGCAUUAUGAAGUGGAGUACCUGCAGUUUGCCUUCCGCUGGAUGAACAACCUCCUAAUGAGAGAGCUACCACUACGCUGCACGAUCAGACUAUGGGACACCUACCAGGCUGAACCAGAGGGUUUCUCCCAUUUCCACCUCUACGUGUGCGCGGCCUUCCUGGUGAGGUGGAGGAAAGAGAUUCUAGAAGAGAAAGAUUUUCAGGGACUAAUGAUCCUCUUGCAAAACCUUCCCACAAUGCACUGGGGCAACGAGGAAGUGAGUGUGCUGCUGGCCGAAGCCUACAGGUUGAAGUUUGCCUUUGCUGACGCGCCCAACCACUACAAGAGAUGAUAGACGUGGCUCUCUGCAGCUGCUCCCCUUCUCCUCCUGUUCUUCCUCCUCUUCUUCUUCCCUCCUCUCUCCUACAGUCUGCUGACCUUAGAGGCCUCUAUUCCUACAUGGAAGGACCUCCACUUUUCAUAACCUCACUUUUCCACUUUGCCCAGUGGCCCUUUCACCUACUAAAAGAUUUAAAUCAGCCAAUGACUGGAAGGAUUGUGGUGUAGCAUUCUAACAUGUUGAUGUGGAGCCUUUGUUUUUUAAAUUAUUCUUUUCUGAUCAGCUCUGAAAUAUGCACUCCUGCAGUCCACAGCAGAACCCUAUUUUUCAUUGUUGGAGUUUGGUUCGCUUAAGGUGACGCUGCAAAAUACAAAUUCAAUCCUGAUGCAGGACUAUGAGCUAUUGCUCAGCAUCGCCUGAGGUUCAGUCUGGCUCAGAAAAAAAAUUUGUUUCUGCUUAUUGUUAUAUCCAUUGCCAUGGCAAUACGUUUUUUUUGUGAUCUUUUUUUUCUGGUUUGCAAAGACAACAAUAGAUGACAUAAGGGCACUGUGCUAGAUGUUUUACAUAUCUGAGCUCCCUCUCCUGGUCACAACACAACUUGAAGGAACAUGACCUCAAGCUUUUAUUCCCUCCUACAUCUGACCAAGAGGGACAGAGAGCGUUUUCCUUCAUGAACACACUAGGUUUUUACAGAGAGGGAUUGCAAUUGCAAGGGGAAGUAAGUCUCCUUUCAUUCACAAACCUCACACACAUCAGUUCAAUCCCAACUUAAUCCCAUCCUCACACUCUAGUAUCACAGUGUCUGAGUGUAAGAAAACCACUGGCAAGAGACAGGAGAGCCACACAUAUGCAGAUUUACAUCAAACACAAAAAAGCCAUGAGGAGGAAGAAUGCUAGUUAUUACCACUGGUCAGGUUUUCCUCAGACCUGCCUGUAUAUGAAGGGCAUUGUUUUAUCUAUUAACUACUGCUCCUCCCAGAAGCUGGGGCUACUUGAGAACGUGCAUUAACACAUAAGUAGCUAGAACUGGAACCCCAUUUAAUAAUAUAUUCACAGGCAAAAACACAUAUGAUGCUACAGUAAAAAAAAAACUACACAGUAUGGAGUCAGAAUAAACUAUCAUCAGUUCAGAAACUGAAUUCUCAAAAACAUUGUCUUCACAGGGUUUAGAGGUAAAGAUCCAAAUUUACAACUUUGCCUUAAUUAAAAUACAUACAGUGAAUGGUUCCUUUCUUUUUUCUUACCAUUCAUCUUCUCCUGUUUUUGGGUCAUAUUUUAAUGGGUGUACAAAAAUGUGCUUCACUUCAGUAUGUUGUCCAUUGGUUUUGUGUAGGUGGAAACUGUUUUUGACCUUUUGCUGAGAAUAGAAUUCAGAGGAAUUUGUCUAUUUUCAAUAUGGGCUCACUCAUUUGUCAUUCUUCUGAUUCCAGUAGCAAGCACAAAUUAAAUGUGCACCUAAAGAUUAAGUUCAACUAAAGAGAAACAUAUACAUAUUCUCAAGACAGUGGUACCACCUCAAAAAUACUAUUUUUGUUUUAGUAAAAUUUAACUUUGACUUCACUUAGCUCAACAUUAUAAACAUCGUCUCUUCACACAACUUCAGAACAAUUCCUAAUCCUAUCAUCGUAUUGCCCAAUUAAAAUCCACAGGUAAUCAGGGUGCAUCUGUGUGCACCUGCUUUUUUUUUACAUUUCAGAUAGCAUUUUAAGCACAUAUCCUUGGGGGUAAAUAAACACAUGAUGGAAUAAUGUUGAAUCAUGACUUCAAAUAUUUUGAAUACAUUAGAUUUUGGUGGGAUAUAUCCAUUUUUAAUCUUUUCCAAAUCUUGGAAAAGAUGGUUUCUUGAAUGUGACAGAAACAAGUAAGGCUUAACGAAAAUCAUUUAUUCAGCACACUUUUUACUGUAUACCUUUGCAUUUAAAUGCAGAUAAAUGAACAAAAACAGCCAAUGCAUUUUUAGUUUUUCUUACUUUGCACAACCCCUGCUUGACAUUGGUCAUUGCAGUUGCAACAUUACUACAUAACCUUUGUCUUUUUCUCAUCUUUGCUGUGUACGUAUGUUGUCCUCUUCAUAUAGAACACACGACAUGUCUUACCCAAAGUCAGUAAGCACCAUAUUGGUGUAAUGUUGGGAGGAUGUGGUGGUGUGGUAAUCAGACAUUCAUGACAUAAGAUAAAGCUGUGCUAUGUGUCCUGUCGUGACACCGCCAGGAUCCCUUGUUGUCACCCUAGCCCGGCAAAGACAGUGUGUGAAGGGGAAGUGGGAGGAGAGGGGGACCAGGGAGUCCUGUUUCUUUGGAAGUUUCAGCAUGUUUUCUGUAAGAGCUGUCAGUCUUUGAUCACAUGUUGGGAUUUUCUUUAUUCUUUCUUAUUUUUUUUACACAAUUUACGCUAGCUUCAUAAGCCCCUCAUUUCCCAUGCUCUCAGAUAAGAAAGAACUGCACUUAAUUUCUUUUUUGUAUGCGAUGUAUUCUUUCAGUCACCAGUUUAAAGAUUUAUUUUUUAGGCGGGGGUAUUUUUUAUGCUGUUUAUGUGACAAGUCUAUUAAGUUGUACCUGACUCUGGGGACACGAGACAACGUUUUAGUUAUGUUUUGACCUCACAUUACCUUGAAAAAUGUCUGCAAGCAAUAUUAUGAUAUUUUGAAUUUGCAGUGAAAAGACUUCUUUCGUGCAUAUCUUGUUGUUAGGCUGUGUAUUCCACUAACAUGAACUGUUAAAUAAUACGCUGAGUAUUUAUGCCAUAUUAAACAUUCAAACUUGGCCACUGACCAUUUGUUAAACCCAUCUGCUGGAAAGCAAUUGCCCAGUUGUAGCUUUUUGAACAUUAACUACACACAGCAAGCCUGUGAGGCUUUGAAUUUUUCCACAUGCUGAAGCAGCCUGCAUGGGGCUAAGAGUAAUUCCAUUUAGAAUCAGAGCUGGGAAUGAAGUCACACCUGAGUUACAAUAACUGGGUUCCAGUUUUAGUUAACCAUUAUACCAGUUCGAGCCAGGUUAGCCAUUGUUACCAGUUUACAGCAACACAUUAUGUGGUAUUUUGCACAUACAAAGACUAUAGUGACAUGGUCACAAAAGUUGGACAGUACUGUGUGUGUGACUUUUAAUAAGACAAGUGCUAAUAAAGAGUUUAUUACCACAGCUUUUUCACUGCUGGUGCACGGAGCAGCCAUCUUGGAUUUUGAGGUCAAGGUUAAUGAGCUCUCUCCAACUUUGUGAGUCUGGAGUCUGUGUUCCUGUUGAAAUUUGCAACUGUGAACUGAGAAAUUCUGACAUCCUAGUUCAAAUGGAACACAUUUAAAAAAUGUGGGGGCCAUGUCUGUUUUGUCCAAAACCAAGGAACAAUUAAAAACUUGCUUGUCUGCGUUUGUUUGAAAUGAAGGACCUAGUGUUUCAAGAUAUACUAAGAGUUUUAAUUGAUAAAUCGCCCUACUUGUGCUGUGCAAGAAGAGAAAGCUUGUUUUACAGUCACAGCAACAGUAUCUCAGGGUGCUGGCCCUAGUUAAUGGUCAAUUGUUUUCACGUUUAUUAUCCAAAGCCCAUUAUUUUUAAGAAGUCAUGUUGCCUUAUUAUAUACACAUUAAUAUUAAAAACUGUGGAGGAAGAAGUGAUGCCAGUGGUGACCAGGGUUGGCAGUUACUGAACUCUCCGUGACUGCGUGUGAGUCAUGGGCAAUCAGGCUAGCCCCUUUACCCUAUCUUCUUUUCAGUUCAUUACAGGGGUUUCAUUCUAGUAAUGUCGUAUGCACUAAUUUCCCUUUAACAAGAAUUAGCUGCUGACUCAGACUUUUCAUGAAACAAGAUGGUUUAGAAAA